AUGACCAAAGACGCUCCUUCCCACACAGUAUCCGCAGCUGAAGCUGCCGUAAAUAAGACGCAUUUCAGGAACAACACGGCUAAGCACGCUUCGGUGGAUGCGGAUGCCGUCAGUCACGUUUCUAACUUGACUGCGGAUGAUGCUAGCACCGUUGUUUCGUUUUCCGAUCGGGUCACGUCCAGUAUUGGAUCCGUCUUGGGACAAGCCAAGCGCAUCUUGGAAGGCGAAGCACCCAUUCUAGAAGAUGAGACUGAUGGUGACGAAGUUGCCGAGAGUCCGUCCAACUUGGUAGUCACGUUGGAACAGGAAAUCGGCAAGUCGCGGAGUGCCCGUUCCCUUGGUGAGGAUAACAACAAGGGAGAAAGCGUGUCCACAGCACGCAUGCGUGUCGCCAAGGACUUUUUACGGGACGAACGCUCGGAGAUGACAUUUUCCCGUCGAAUCGCUCUGGCCUUGUCUCACAAGUCCUGGUACAACCCGCGUGCGAAGGAGGAACCAGAGUUCGCCCCCAAUGAGAUAGAAACACCGGAAGCCUCCACAAGGAUCGAUUCGCAACAUUCGAUGCCGGUGCUGCCCGUUGGGGGGCCCAACAUUGAGGCCUAUCCCUUUACCCACAGCCGUAGAGAAAACCCGAGUCUGGGAAAAGCCUGGGCUUAUUUUGAGCAUGUUGCCAUGCCUCGCUAUGUGGUGGAAGCCAAACUGGACCAGCGCCGAAAAAACAUUCUGCAUCGCAUCGUUCGGAAAUUCCAAAAAGCCGACAAACAACUUCAACGGGCGGAGCCAGGCGAAAAAUAUUUGCCAACUAAACUAUAUGGACCCAUCUGCACACCGCACAAACAGCUUGGUGACUGGGGUCUUGGCUUUGGUCUCUAUUUUUCGACGCUCAGGGCAAUCACUGUACUGACCUUCUGUGCUGGUUUGCUCAAUAUACCCAACUUAAUUUACUUUUCUUCCGAAUCCUAUAGCAGCGGCCAAGACGGCGUGAUUCCGCUGCUGCAGGGGUCCGCGAUUUGUACCGAUACGCGGUGGGUGCCGUGUCCAAAUUGCACGUCAGGUGAUUUUGAAGCUACUCGAUUCGCUUACGGAACCAACGAUGCUGGUCUCAACGUGACCUUUGUGUUGCGGAACACCUGCGAGGGUGCCACAAUAGAGCAAGGCUUUACCAAUUACGCGUCCCUGAUGCUUAUCAUGUUGGGCACAGUGUUUUUGAAUCGCUAUCUGAAACGCAUGGAGGUUGCCUUUGAUGAAGACGAACAAACGGCACAAGAUUAUUCGAUUGUGAUCGGAAAUCCACCGGGUGACGCGACCGAUCCCGACGAAUGGCGAAUUUUCUUCCACGAUUGCUUCGAUGGUGCCAAGGUGACAGCACUGACGGUGGCCGUGGACAAUGACUUGUUAGUCCGAUCGUUGGUGGAGCGCCGCGAAAAACUGCGAGAAAUUGAGAUGAUGGUUGAGCCGGGCACUUCGCUGGAUACGCUCACUUUGGCUGGUAUCGCUGCCAAGCAGGAACGGGAACGUAGCGUGUGGGGUCGUUGGAAAUCAAUGAUUAUUCCAGGCAUUCCGGAACUGUUCAGCCGCACGGUCGUCCUGACAGCCAAAGUCCAAGGACUGGCGCAACAAGACUAUCCAGCCACAAAUGUAUUCGUGACCUUCGAAACCGAAGCUGAUCAGCGCCGCGUGCUAAGUGCCUUGUCGGUUGGUAGCUGGGACGUUCAGCGCAAUCGACAGAGCGCCAUCGCUGACCCCAAACAUUUGUUUCGCAGUGAGCUCGUCUUGUCGGUACACGAGCCGGAUGAACCCAACACUGUUCGCUGGCAAGACUUGAACGAAAAGUUCAAAGAUCGACUCAAGCAGCAAUGCCUUACCACUCUUUGUACCUUGACAGCCAUCAUUCUAAUUGCCUUCGUCAUUUUUCUUGUCAACGAGCAGAGCAUAACGUUUUCGGCGUUUGCGAUUGCCAUUUUCAAUAGCAUCUUUCCUCUUUUUGCCAAACUGCUGACUGGCAUGGAGGCUCAUUCGUCGGAAGGUGGAAAGCAGAGGUCACUUUACUUUAAAAUUGCGGUCUUUCGGUGGGUGAACACGGCGGUCGUGAUUACAAUCAUCACUCCCUUCACGUCAACCUUGACAGACGGUGGCUUGGUGAAUCAGAUUUAUGCUCUGUUCUUCGCCGAGAUUGUUACAACAAAUGCAAUUCAGUUGCUGGAUCCUGUUGGACAUUUUCAACGCCACUUUUUAGCGCCGCGGGCAAAGACACAAGAUGCUAUGAAUCUUUGUAUGCAGGGACAGCAGGUUGAGCUUGCUGAAAGAUACACAAAUAUGACCAAGGUUUUAUUCUUGGCACUGUGGUAUUGUGCCAUUUUCCCUGGAGCCUUUUUCUUGUGCUCCUUCGCUCUUCUUAUCAACUACUUCACUGAUCGGUUCAGUCUUAUGCGAACAUGGAAGCGUGCUCCUCAGCUUGGAGGAAAAAUUUCAUCUUUCAGCAGACGCUACUUUUUUUCAUUGUCUAUCGUAGCAAUGGCGCUCGUAUCGUCCUAUUACUGGUCAGCCUUCCCAUUCGACAAUGUUUGCUCCACCGAAUUACCGGUAAACACGUCAUUUGUUGGUGUUUGGAACAUAACAGGGUUCGCCAAAAAUGAUGAAAAGGAACCCACUUUCCAGCUAUCUUUAGUGGAGGAUGCGGAUACUUCCUUCUUUUUCUGUGUACAAGACUUUUUUCGCUACGAGGCCGAGGAACAAGCGUUUCCCUUUAUACCAAAGUUUCAACGCAGCGGAGAGGAGUGGAUGACCAGCGAUCAAGAGACUUUGACGGCUGUCUAUGGUUGGACUGUCGUCGCCGUCGCUGCUCUUGUUCUACUCAAGUUCAUCCAUGGUUGGUUCAGCAGUAUUAUGAAAAUGUUCCGGGGGACUUAUAAGCCUUGCGGCGAUGACCAGACUAUCAAUUUUAGCGAUGUCCCGUCUAUUUCGGCCUACGUCCCACAGGUCGAAUUGACGAAGAUCUUAUGGAUUGGAGUGACCCGGACCGACCUAUAG